AUGGCAACAAGUCUCGAUGUCGACGGAUUCAUGAAUGCUUUCUUGAGGAUGACCAACCGGCGCGGCGUUCCGAUACAGGUCGUCUCCGAUAAUGGCACCAACUUCGUCGGAGCCGCCAACGAGAUGAAGAAGCUUCUGAAGGCAAUGGAGGGAGAUGUGCAGCGUCGAGCAGCGGACAAAGGCAUCAAGUGGUCAUUUAACCCGCCGGCUGCUCCACACUUUGGUGGCGUACACGAGGCACUAGUGAAAUCUGCAAAGCGUGCCAUCUUCGCCAUCCUAGCAGGUGCGGAAGUGAAUGAUGAAGAAUUGGCGACUGCAAUCACCGGCGCAGAGGCGUUACUGAAUUCACGACCACUUACCUACCAGUCAGCAGAUGCCAGAGAUUUGCUGCCGUUGACACCCAAUCAUUUCCUUUAUGGACACCAGGGCCAGCCAUUCGUACCAAAGGGCACCGACAUUGUGCCGCACAGCCACCGUUAUCGCUGGCGAGUUGUCCAGAGUUUGGUCCUACAACCUCUUGUACGGGCAAAGACAAAGUGA